AAUUAAAAAAAUAUAAAUCAUGGAGAUGGAUUUACCUCAAUUAUACAGGCAAGUGGCUUUCCUGCCCAAACGGGACGCAAAUAUAGUUUUAAAAGAAUUCUGUAUUAAUAACAAAUGGCGAGAAAACGCGUAUAUUGCUGACUUUGGAAGCGGCGAUGGGAGCACAACUACAAAUAUAUUGCAAAAAUAUCUGCCAAUCUCUUACAAAAAGAUAAUUGGUUGCGACAAAAGUGCAAGAAUGGUUGAAUUUGCAAAUGAAAACUAUGGAACUGACAAGAUUGAGUUUAUUAUGUGGGAUAUUACGGAAGAAUUACCACAACCCUUGAGAGGAGCCUUUGAUCAUGCAUUCUCUUCGUAUACGUUACAAAGGAUCCAAGAGCAAACGUUUGGUAAAGACUAUCAAUCCAUUCGGUAAUCUCAACAAGAGAUGGGACCAAUUCAUGGCAGACUAUUUCAAGCUGAAUCCAAACGCUAGAAAAGUCGAUUACGAACUUAUUGUAGCCAAAGCUGUAAAAUAAAUAAGUUUCACUAAGAACCC